UUUAGAGUUACCUCCCUUGCUUUGUUUGAGUUUUGCUCUCGCUGUCACGAUCACACGUGAGACUGUUUCAGGGAGAUAAGGAAUUUGACCUCGAUCAAAUCGAUGCUCCGACACACCAUGGCGCGGGUGUUGGUUGCAGGCACAGGCAUCACAGGAGCGGCAACCGCGGCUGCGUUGCGUCAGGAACUACCUGAGGACGCGACGAUCACAUUGUGGGACAAGUCUCAUGGGGCAGGAGGUCGCAUGUCAACAUCGCGAAAACCAGGAGAUGACACUUGCACUGUCGACUUGGGAGCUCAGUAUUUCACCUUGACACCACAAUACAAGACCAAGAGACAAAGUCUGUUUGAUGAGCUGGAGUCUGCUGGAGUAUUUAAACCCUUCAAGGGCGUGUUAGAGGGAGACAACUCCGUCGACUGCCGGCAUUAUGUGACGCCAGCAGGAAGUGGAUCUCUCGUCAAACACUACCUCGCUAAAUCAGGUGCUGAGGCCAAGUAUGAGCACCACAUAUCUCAGGUGGACUUCAAGUCAGGAGAUGGUCAAGCGGUCCAGGUGACAACUCAGGCAGGCACCAGUCAGGAGUUUGAUGCUGUCAUACUGACCAUGCCAGUACCCCAGAUUCUCCAGCUUAAAGGCGCCAUACAGCAAAGUAUAGCUGGCCUGUCCAGUGUGAGGGCGUGUCUGGAGAAGGUGUCGUACUCCUCCCGGUUCUGUCUGGGUCUCUUCUACCCACCAGGAACACAGCUGCCCUUCCAGUGGGAUGCCAAGUACUUCUUUGAUGGUCCCUGUAUACGAUUUGUGGCCAUAGAUAACAGGAAACGAGGACUGCGUGAUGUGCCCCCGUCGGUGCUAGUCCACACCAGCGUUCCCUUCAGCCUCCAGCACUUGGAGACAGACAAGGAGGCCAUGAAGCCCCUGAUCAUGCAGCACCUGCGUGACAUCCUACCUGAUCUACCCGAGCCGGAGGUCGUUAAAAGUCACAAAUGGAGGUAUUCACAGGUAUUCCAGCAGUAUGAAGGUUCCCCAGGCUGUGUGGUGCUGGAGACCAAGCCCCUAGUCAUCCUCGCUGGGGAUGCAUUUGCUCAGAAAGGAAACUUCUCCGGGGCCCUAGACUCUGCUGAGGCGACUGUGCAGGCUGUUACAAAGAGCAUCAACAGUAGCUUAUAACACAGGCUGAAGCUGGAGAUGUGUGGAUUGUCCUAGUGAAGUGUGUACAGUAUUAGACCGGAAUAUAUGCAGAUAAAUGUGACCAGGGUUGUGUGCAGCAUAUGGGAUGAAUACCAUGGCAGCAGCAUACUGCCUGCUGUUUGAACACAACUCCACUCCCUGUUACCAAGAUCUAUCUGAAAGCUGACAGAAGCCAUGGUUCUCAGACAGGUCAUGGCAACAGGAACACCUCCCCAUUGAGGUCUGCGUGACAUUCUUCUACAAUGAGAAUGUUGUAAAGGGAUGAUGUCUUGUUAAAGUGAUGACUGAUUUACAUUAUACUUUAUAUACAAGUUAUGUUAUUCUGAAUAUAUAUUUAGUAUACUGUAUUCCGUGUGAUGGUUUCAAAAAAAAACAUCUCCUACCAUGUCUACUCAGGUAAUGAAUAUGAUAUUAAACUCUUUGAUUGUGA